GGGCGUCCCAGGAAAAGUGAGGUGUCUCUUUCUCUCUCUCUUCUCACUCUUCCUCCCCCCCCCAUCACUACUCUCUUGCCCCGUUUCACCAGCUACCACCUCUUCCUUAUUAAGACCUCUGAAUGUGCGUUUCUCUAGAGUUACAAGCAUCCACCAAGCCCUCUCCAACCCGGGAAGAAUUUAAUCCUCGAAGUGAUCCACCAACUCACCCCAACUGAAGAUAAAAGAGGGUGGGGGCUGCACAGAAAGGACAUCAUCAUCGCCCCCCCCACCCCUCCUUAGCCCCUUUUUCCAUUGGGGGACGGCGCCAGCUGGGACCAAAACACGAGCCUGCCUGCCUGCCUCCCCUUAAGAUGCUAAUCCCUCUGAUGAAAGCGCCCGAGAGAUGAUCAAACGCUGAAAGGACGGAAGAUUGCACUAUUUUGACCCCCUUCGACUUCCAUAAAUAUAUAUUUUUUUAAAAAAACAAAAAAAAAAGAAAGGAAAAAAAAAACUUGGUGGGACCUUAAAAAAAAAAAAAAGCGCCCACUCUUCCUUGCCCCCAGCUUCGCUUCCGUUGGCAUCAAUCCGCUCCUCCGCCCUGACCAAUUUCGUUUGGGUGAUGGAUGAAUUCCAUCCUUUCAUUGAGGCCCUCCUCCCUCAUGUCCGGGCCUUCGCCUACACCUGGUUCAACCUCCAGGCCCGGAAGCGCAAGUACUUCAAGAAACACGAGAAACGGAUGACGAAAGAUGAGGAGCGGGCUGUCAAAGACGAGCUGCUCAACGAGAAGCCGGAAGUGAAACAGAAGUGGGCUUCGCGCUUGCUGGCCAAGCUGCGCAAGGACAUCCGCCCCGAGUACCGGGAGGACUUUGUGCUCUCCAUCACGGGGAAGAAGCCCUCGUGCUGCGUCCUCUCCAACCCCGAUCAGAAGGGCAAAAUGCGCCGAAUCGACUGUCUCCGCCAGGCUGACAAAGUCUGGCGUCUCGACCUCGUCAUGGUGAUCCUCUUCAAAGGAAUCCCCCUGGAGAGCACCGAUGGGGAACGCCUUGUCAAGGCCGCACAGUGCACCAACCCUGUCCUCUGUGUCCAGCCACACCACAUCAGUGUCUCGGUCAAGGAGCUUGACCUCUACCUGGCAUAUUUUGUCCGCGAGAGAGCCGAUCAGCUGGGACUCGGGAGGCAGCGAAUAGAUUGGGGGCGGGGCCAAAUAAAAGAUUCAGAUCAAAGCAGCAGUCCCAGGACGGGAAUCGGUUCUGACCAGGAGGAUAGUAAACCCAUAAUCACGCUGGAUGCAGCAGAUUUUCAAGAGAAUUUUGUUACGUCAGGUGUGUUCAGUGUCACAGAACUUAUCCAAGUUUCCCGGACACCAGUGGUGACAGGCACAGGUCCAAAUUUCUCUUUGGGAGAGUUGCAAGGGCACUUAGCAUACGACCUGAAUCCCUCAAGUACAGGGAUGAGGCGGACGCUCCCCAGCACUUCCUCCAGUGGGAGCAAACGGCACAAGUCAGGAUCCAUGGAGGAUGAUCUGGAUACCAGCCCUGGGGGCGAAUACUACACCUCCCCUAGCUCUCCCACAAGUAGCAGCCGCAACUGGACGGAGGACAUGGAAGGGAGCAUCUCUCCAACUGUGAAAAAGACAGAAAUGGAUAAGUCUCCCUUCAACAGCCCAUCUCCGCAGGACACUUCACCCCGGCUGUUUACUCAGCAUCACCGUCCUGUCAUUGCCGUACACAGUGGUAUCUCUCGAAGUCCCCACCCCUCCUCUGCGCUGCACUUUCCCACCACUUCGAUCCUGCCCCAGGCGGCCUCCACCUACUUCCAGCACACAGCCAUAAGGUACCCGCCUCAUCUGAAUCCACAGGACCCUCUGAAAGACCUCGUCUCAUUGGCUUGUGACCCAUCCAAUCAACAACCAGGACCGUUAAAUGGAGGUGGUCAAGUGAAGGUACCCGGGCAUUACCUUCCUACCCAGAUGUUGGCGCCACCACCUCCAGGUAUGCCCCGCCUGGCAAUCUCACCUGACACCAAAUCUACCACGACAACUUCCGAGGGAGGGACCACCUCGCCGACGUCUCCCACCUACUCCACCCCAGGCACACCCCCUGCGAACCGCUUCGUGGGAUUAGGACCACGGGAUCCUGGCAGCAUCUAUCAGGCACAGUCCUGGUACCUAGGCUAGUUGCAGCUUCCAUCUGCAUCAUCAUCAUCAUCUUCCUUUCCUCCCCCGGGCUUUGGGCUUCCUUUGAGGAGAACAGUGCAGCCCUCCCACCCCUGGCCCAAACCUUGGGGGCAGCAUGGAGAGAGAGAGAAAGAGAGAAAGAAAGAAAAGAAAAGAAAGAGCACGGAUUAAGAUCAACAUCAUGAAGAGACAUCACAGAAGGACGGAAGGAAGGGAAGGGGAAAAGCUCAAACUUCUUUUUAAAAGAUAAAGAAAAAAUAGACCCUGCUUUCCAGCCAUGCCGACUGCGACUUUCCUGAAAACGAGCAAAAUUCAAGCAGGCAGCUCUCCCAGGGGAGGCUUUUUGGCCAGAAGCACUACACGCCUUUCAGAGGGCCUGGUUUUCCCCCAUCCUCCCUGCCAGUCGGUGGCCAGCUGGAAAUCCUGUCUGUCUCAUACUCAAAAGGGAUGUAUAUGCAAAAGUUUCUGAUUAUUUUCUCCAUCUCUUGUUGAGUGGGGGGGGUGGAAUUUAAUCUGGCCUGCUGCAGAGCCCUCCCUCCCCUCUCUCUCUUUUUCUACGCUCAACACCCUCCCUGCUUCUCCUCCUUUGGUAAUGGGGUCAGCGCGACCAAGAGACUGCACUACAAGCCAUCUAGACUGGUCAAGCAGCUAAAGUCGGGCCAAGGUCAAGAUGCAACGUGAGCUAAUUCCCCCCCCCUCAAGAGAGAGGGAAAAGAUUAAAAUGCUGGGCACCUUUUCAGUG